CCCGCCAGAAGAGAGAGUUCAUCUCAGGUGAAAAUUACCAAAAAUCAUAUUCUGCUUAGGGGGAGACACGACCAAAAUUAGGAAAUUCCGCGUUUAAUACACACAUACAUUAUAUAUACACACAUGUAUAUAUCGAAGAGAGAGAGAAAGAGAGAGAGAGAGAGAGGUUGGCUGUUAGCAAUCCUUCCUGGGUAAAUCCGUCUUGACACACACAGAGCACGAAGAAGGCAGGCAGGGAGGGCAGCUGUUUCUUGAUCACACCCCCGAAUCCGCGUUUCUUGUCAACAACACUCACAAUUUGCAAUCCCGAAUUUCAAUAAGUUGUGGGAUUUUGCAUGGCAUGGUUUGUUGUGAGCUGAUCAAGAAAAAAAAGAACAAGGAGAAGAAGAGGAGGAGUGGGUUUUUCUUUCUCUCUUCUCUCAGCCCAAAAGCUUGACUCUUGGGUGCUUCUUGUUUUGCCCUCUUCCAAUUCUCAAGUGUGAUUGAUGGCUCAAGGGAAAGCCAAAGUCAAGAGGCUUUAUCAGGUUUGGAAGGGGAGUAAUAAAUUCUUAUUUGGAGGAAGACUGAUCUUUGGUCCCGAUGUAGCAUCUUUGUUUCUAUCCAUGCUCCUGAUUGCAGGCCCUGCCACUGCUUUUUGCAUAAAAGUUUAUUCCAAUAUUAAGCACCACAAAGAUGGUAGUUCUUGGUACCCUAUACUACUAGUUGGAGCAGUUCUUGCCAUUCUGGCCCUUACGUUUCUCUUUUUGACAGCUAGUAGAGAUCCCGGAAUUGUCCCAAGGAGCUCAAAGCCUCCGGAAUUUGAUGAAACACUUGACAUGACUACCCCUUCCACGGAGUGGGUACAUGGUAGAACGCCUCAUUUAAAACUUCCACGAACAAAGGAUGUGAUCGUGAAUGAUCACACAGUCAAAGUGAAAUAUUGCGAUACAUGCCUACUUUAUCGUCCUCCUCGAGCAUCCCAUUGCUCCAUUUGCAACAAUUGUGUGCAAAGAUUUGAUCAUCACUGUCCGUGGGUCGGUCAAUGUAUUGGAUUACGUAACUACCGAUUCUUUUACUUGUUCAUAUCAACUUCAACGAUAUUAUGCUUAUACGUCUUUGUGAUAUCUUGGAUCAACAUUCUGCAACAUAAUGACGGUCCUUGGGGAGGUAUUCAACAAGAUGUUUUAUCUGAUGUUCUGAUCGUAUACUGCUUCAUUGCUGUUUGGUUCGUGGGAGGCCUUACAGCGUUUCAUUUUUAUCUGAUUUGUACGAACCAGACCACAUAUGAGAACUUUAGGUAUCGGUAUGAUAAGAAGGAUAAUCCAUAUAACAAAGGGAUGUUGCAAAAUAUCAAGGAGAUUCUCUUCUCCAAGAUCCCUCCCCCGCUGAAUGAUUUUCGGGCAACGGUUCAUGAAGAAGCACUCGCGGUGGUGGAGCCCAAAUCUCCUAACGUUGAAGGAAAUGAUGAUAGCUCGAAAGAGAAAAUUGAUAUUGAGCUUGGAAGUAGGUUUGCAGAAGAGAAUGGCAUUUCACUCCCCGAAAUUUUGAGAAACUUGGAACUUGAUGAGAUAGAGGAUGAUUUGGAAAAUAUGGAAGGUAACGGGAGAAGUAACUCUGCAGAUCGGGGAAGUACCGUUAGCUCAAUGCACAAGAUCGAUAUUAUGGAGCAGAAAAUUUCUGCAGAGAAGAAUGCCCUUUCCCUUCCCAACCGGUUGGAUAAUGUUGGCACCGAAAAUAACUCCAUAAACAAGGAUGAAAAAUAUAGAUCUGAUGGUGAAUCGCCCUUCUAUUCUCUUGAAGAUGAUGCAAAAGACUCAACGUCAAGAAUACCUGAACAAUUAUCGACCUCCAAUCAAAUUGAAAUCCCAAGUAGUCACGACAGUUUGCAGGUACAACAAAUGUCAUAGGGAGACUCUCCCGUGCUUUCCACAACCCAGGUAUUAUACACAUAAGCAGAGAAUCUCUCUCUCGAUCAUCUUGCCUUUGGUGGGGCGGGCUUUUAAGGCCGGCCCGGGAUUCCAGAUUAGAAGAUUUGCUUGUGGGUUGGUUGCGGGUUAUAUUAGACAAUUGAGUGGUGCUGACAUGGUGAAUAAAGUGUAGGAUCUUGAUCCUCGUCGUCGUGAAAAUUACAUUUAUUGAUGAGUGGAUGUAUAGUUAUUUGUUGAACCUCUCCUCAUUGUUCAUUGUGUGAGUAUCUGAAAUUCAUGGCCAAAGACUACAUGGUUUGAAGGCUAAGGUUGAUCUGUUAUAAGAAAACAAGAAAUACUAACCUCAGAACCUGGUUUGUGUCUAUGAGUUUUGCCAAAUGCAGCAAAAGAUCAAAGGAUGGUGUAAUUAUUCA